GGGCCAGCUCGGCCAGUGAUCCCGCCAGGAGAAGGGCCUCUGGCUGCUUCAGAUGCUUGGGAAAAAGGCCUCUUCACAGGCUUCCCAUAUAAGGCCAGUCAUCUUCUUGACUGUGCCCUGAGACUCCAACUCUCAGGAUUAUUUAUUUGUCCUUCCCCCUCAUAAAACCGGUCCCCAGCGCUGGGGGCUUUGUGAGAAUGUACGUGAUAUGGAACACGACACGCUAUAAAUAGCGCUGCCAUUCCAAUCACGUCUGACCGAAUGCCCUCCCCACCGCCGGGCACCCCGGGCUGCAGAUCCAGGCGCCGCUGGAUGAGGCUGUCGGGGCCGCUGCAGAGGUCUGCAUCUCCCACGGGGAUCUGCUGCAGGAAGGGGGCUCUUGUCUCACACUCGGAGAUGAACUGUGCCCACCACGGGAGAGACUUGAUUGGGAAGGAGCGCCCAGGCAGAGAGCAGCGGAUUAACCCAAGGGCUGUGUCUACUGCCACUUUAGCCCUGGCAACCAGCUCAAGAAACAGGCAGUACUAUUCCAGCUUCACCAAGAGAAGAAGACAGGCUGAGGAAUUACAUGACGUGUCAAGAUCACAUGGCCAGGAAAAUGGCAAAGCAGGGAAGCAAAAUUUGGGAUUUACUCCCACGGCGGGGGGGGGGGGGCACCUCCUCCGCAACUCUGCCGGCGCCUCCCCUUCUCGGAUGGUGGGUCUUCGGCCCCGCAGUGCUCACUGCCACAGCCAACCCGUUCACCAGGCACCCCCUCUGGGACCCGCCUGUGGUCCCACCCUCCCGCUGCUGCCCAUGGCUGCUCCUUCCCAUCUCUGGGUAAUCCUGGCGCUCGUCUCAUGGCUCUUCCUCAUUCUCCACAUUUCUCCCAUGACUUCGCCAUCAUCCUGGGAGACUCCGUGUUGGCGUGGAUGAUGCUUGAUAGCGUCUCAAUCUCUCUAUGCCUCUGCUUCCCGCCUCCCAAAUCACCAUGUUUAUUAUCCACGGGGAAUCCACCUGCUGCUCCUCCGUCAAUCUUCUCCUCCCCCGGCCCUGGAAGCCCCUUUGUGAUCCAGGCCUGUGUUCCCUCUUUGCUCACUGCGCCCCUAUUUCUGAUGAAGGCGCUCCAGGCUCACGUUCUGGUGGCUGGGCCUCAGCAAACGCCUAGGAUGCAAUCUGUUUUCAGUUUAUCUUCUUCUUACAGUAUGUCCUAGACAUGCAACAGAAGAAAGAAGGACCCGUGGCCUGGAGGUGGCUGCUUAGAGCAAAGAACAGAUGGCAGGUUACAGGUAACACACGUCGGCGGAAGGGUAGACGGCUGUGGCUGGAGAACGGCAAGGCUUGACACAGUGGUUAUGCAAGCAGGGCAUGUUCCGUAAAGCUCACGAGCCAGCACCAUCCUGGGCUAGUGCCCACGGGAAGAAGGAAAGCAGUGAAGCGGGUGGGGCUGGACAGUGGCUAUAAAGCUAUUAACAGACGGCCAGAAGUGAUCAACACAGGCGUCCAGACGGGCUGUGCAGAGCGGGACACAUCAGGACCACAAUCACUGGGACACAGCGCUCCCCAUGGGGACACUCAGAGCCACCGGAGGCCACCGGGUGAUCGGCAGGGCUUGGGCCAUUUUUUGGAUGUUGAUGAGACGGUCCUCUCCCAAGACUACAGAGUAUCAGUAAGCGAGGCUCGGCCUCAUGCAUCUUUCGCCCAGGCAGCAUUUAUACCCGUUAUCCUUCUUUGGCCUUUCCUCUGUCCCACCGUUAGCAGAUUAACCAGCCCCAAUUGCCCUUUUUUAUCAUGGUUUUCUCCUGCGUAAAAACUCCAGCCGUCCAAAUGCCUCAGCUAAUAGAAAAGGGGAGUUGAAAAAUCUCUCUCUCUAGUCUUACUCCCAUUUCUUUUUAUCACUGGGUUUCUAAACUCUUUUUUCUUGCUUUUUUUGAAAAUCAAGGAUGGCGUUUUGUUCUUCCUUAUUCUAUCCCCUCCAUACACCCCAUUUCUAAUGAUUUUGCCUUCUAAAGGCAUUGAGGUAAUAAGAAACUUUGGAUUUUUAAGUUAAAGACACGCACACCUGUCAACCAGAAUGUCAGAUCAACAUGAGAAAAAUCAGAUUGACUUAUAAUAAUAUUUCACUCAAAGCAAACGAACUUUAGGUUCGAGCUGGACUGGGCCUUCUUACGGAGGAGGGGGAGGCGGAUAAAUGUAUGACUUUGGCAGGAUUCUCGGGGGCUGAAAUUAGCUUAGGGACCCGUUCCCCACCUUCUUGGCCCCCUGAGGCUGUGUAGGUCUCAGACCAGGCAUCAGUCCUGAAAGAACCUCUUUCCAGCCCAACGCAUCUCCUCAUUUCCUGUCCAGCUCUGCGCCUUUCCUCCUGUCACGCCCUUUACGUUUCUGAUUCUCUCUUUCCUUCAAAGGGCAGCUCAAGUUCCACCUUCUCCAUCCUCCCACCCUCUGAUUUCCCACGUACUGCAUUUUUUGUAGCAUUAAUGUGCAGUUUCGGGCCUUGGGUUGUUAGUUUCCUAUGUGCUUAUGUAUUUGCCUCUACAUUGAAUGUAUCUACUUAUUAUUAUUAUUUUUUAUGGCUACAACCGGGGCAUAUGGAGUUCCUGGGACAGGGAUUGAAUCUGAGCCACAUCUGCUGCCAUGCUGGAUUCUCUAACCUACUGUGCUAGGCAAGGGAUCA